AUGGCAGUAGCGGCGAUGUCGGAUAGCCCACCCCUGAAUGCGGCGGUGUAUGAGAGUAAACACCCGAAUAAGAAACAGUAUACGCAAGCCGGUGAAACGUACGAAGAUGCAAGCAGUAGCACAUCAUUGGCAUCGAAGCAGUCAAGCACGGCAUCCGGUUCACAGCGCGAUGAGAUGGAGAAGGAAGUGGCUCAGAUUGAAGUGCUACCUAUGGAGCUCUCUAGACUAGUGGACAUGUUUGUGGAUGACUUGAAACAACCCAAAUACGUGAAACCGUUGUCCAUCUUCCUACUAUCGGGGCUAUUCCAACAGUUCUACACACGCUUCGACGCCUCGUGCGGGCAGUACUUGGCGAAGCAGGGCAGGCAGUUGGGGACCAGUGCGAGCGUGGAGAAUGUGGGCUUUUCGAGUGCUCGGGAGACGCUCAGCACCGGUCUUGGCGGGAUAUUCGGGCGUAGCCGCAGCGGGAGCGGUCCGCACAAGAAGCGCUCGUCGUCGCUGUUUGGCAACGACGCAGCUAACAGCCAGCCACUCAGCCCAGAGGAGGUCCAGCGACACCUGAAGUUGCAGGAGCUCAACAGCAUGAAGAUCGAGCGCUACAUGGAUAUUUGUGAGCGUGACGUGUUCCAAAAGAUCAUGGAAGUGGGCACGUCUGUGCCUGGAACAGGACAGGAGACAGAGCGCCGACCUGUACAUGCAGUCGACCUAUUUCGUAACAGCCCUGAAUUCCUUGAGUAUGACAGCCUGCUCACGGCCAAGAUCCGGAACCUCAGGGUGCUCGUGGAGAGGGGUGUGCUCGAUCUCCCAGCCUUCCUCGGCAUGCCACGGAGCGAGGGUAUCGACUGCACGGAGUUCGGCAUCCACCUCCAGACUCUCGUCGAGGAGCGUCUCUCUCCGAUGGAGAAGCUUGCACAGUUGCUGGCCAUUCACGACAAAAUGACCUUCCUGAAGGAUGCAUCGAGCAACGACGACUACUUGUCUAUGCUCCUAUAUGUGAUAAUUCUCACGCCAGUGCACACUCUAUAUUUGAACGUACAGUUUAUCAAGCUAUUCAGAUAUAGCCGGAAACUCAUGGGCAGUGAACAGUACGCCGUAACCAAUAUGACUGCAGCGUUGUAUUUCCUAGAAAAUCUCACUAUAAAUGAUCUACCCGGCACGGCUAAGGGCCAUGCGAAACCGUCGGACAUUUUUGUCUUGUCCCACCGAGUAAAGCUUCCAGAUAUUAGCCGCCAAGCAAAGCCUGAAUUGCCACGCACCAACUCGUACAAAUCGCUGAUGGGUACCACGUUAGAUAAUUCAUUGCGGAACAUCUUCGGCAAGAUCAAAUCAUACACGCCACCAGCCCCGGCACAGACGGUGUUCUCCAGCCCAACCAAUCAGUCCAAUAUGCAUAAUAACCAACUCAAUUGCUGCUGUCAUGCCGGUAAACCAUGCCAGGGUCAAAUAGGCAGCGCACAACUGAGUUCUACUGCAGAGCUGGCCUGUUGCAAUGAUUCUCAUGAUUCUUUUAAGGGGGGUGAGAACAGCAAACGUCCUCUGCACAUACCCGAAUGUUGGAGGCAACUCCAAAAUCGGGACUUCGAUGAUUUAAAAGUUUCAGAAUUAAAGCAGGUGUUUGACGCCUUCCAAAAGCUUUUGCAUACGCUAGAGCAUUGA